CAGCACCGAAUCGAGACGGUCCCGGAUUCCUGAUGCAUCACUCACUACCUCUGCCACUGCAGUCAUGUCGAACCUCUAUGUACCCCGCAGCCGGGUGUGUGGAUAGGUGAUCUCUCCCUCCACUAGCAGCUUAUCCACGAUUCCUCUCGGCUCUAAAACUACUCCGGCUGGUAGUCUCAGCGAACAGCCGGACACGUGCUAGCAGAGUCGUCAGUCCUUCCUGCUCCGGCUUCCGUACAUUCCCAACACAUUACGCUAUCUACGAACGUUUGCCCCACAAAGCUUCCGUAGCUGUCAAAAUGGCAGUUGCCGUGCCAGUAGUACAGAUCUCCGCCUCUUCCUGUCUUCUGUCUGUUUAGCAACUUCUUACCGUGUAUUGGGGUACUCGGUGAUGUCAGUGACACAGAGGAGCUACGGCUACUACUGCUGACGACGGGGAGCACACAGGAGGCGGCAGCCAUGGGCACACCGUAUUUGCAGAAGGAAUUCAGGAGUAAAAAAAGAGAGGUUUUUGAAGAUAUACUUGAGGAACGACGUCAGUCGAGUGACCUGCGAUAUGCCAUGAAAUGUUUUUCACCAGUGAUCUACAAGAGCCUUAUUCCAUGCAAACCAAGUGCCCUAAAAACCAUGGUUUUACAGUCUGACCAGCUACAGUAUGUUAUCAAACAGAUUAGUUUGGAAUCUGGAGAACUGACUGAGGUUAUUCAGGAUCAAGCCACUGUGAUCCUCGAUGAAAUGGGACACAAUUUAAAUCUUGCAGCUAUACGAAUGUUUGCCCUUACCCUCAGCAAGAUUUUCAAAAGACUUUUCCAAAAGGUCUGCGUCAAUGAGGAGGGCAUACAAUGGCUGGCUCAAGCUAUUCAAGAACAUCCAGUUGUGCUGCUGCCCAGUCAUCGGAGCUACAUUGACUUCCUGAUGAUGUCAUAUAUACUGUAUACUUAUGACCUGGCACUUCCCGUCAUUGCUGCUGGAAUGGACUUCAUGAGUAUGAAAAUUGUGGGUGAGCUCCUCCGCAUGUCUGGUGCCUUCUUCAUGCGACGCACAUUUCGAGGGAACAAGCUUUACUGGGCAGUAUUUGCAGAGUAUGUGAAGAUCAUGCUGCGGAAUGGAUAUGCUCCAGUGGAGUUCUUUGUUGAAGGUCAAAGGAGCAGAACAUGCAAGACUUUGAAUCCAAAGUUUGGUUUGCUAAGUGUAAUCAUGGAACCAUUCUUCAAGGGAGAAGUGUUUGAUACCUACCUAGUACCAGUCAGCAUCAGCUAUGAGCGAAUACUGGAAGAAACUCUUUAUGCUUAUGAACUCAUUGGAGUACCCAAACCCAAAGAAUCCACAUCAGGAUUGCUAAAAGCCAGAAAAAUUCUCAGUGACAACUUUGGAAGUAUUCAUGUGUUCUUUGGAAAGCCCAUGUCAUUACGGUCAUUGGCAUCUGGAAGACUUAACCGAUCUCAAUAUAACCUUAUUCCCAGACAUCUUUCUCAUCGACCCUCAGAGGAUAUGCAAAAGUUUAUUUCUGAUGUAGCCUAUAAAGUAGAGCUUCACCAAAUAGCCAACAUGGUCCUCAGCCCUGGAGUUUUAAUAGCUGCAAUUUUACUACAGAAUUGUCCAGCACUGAACUACAAUGUUUUAGUUGACAAAACCGUUUGGCUCAAAGAUUUAACAGAGGCAUUUGGUGGAUGUCUAGAAUGGCCGGAUAUGUCUGCCAGCGAAGUGGUUCAGUCCAGCUUAGACCUCCACUCAAAUAUUAUGAGGCUUUCGAAGGGAGACGUGGACUUGUUUGAACAAAAUCCAGGUGGUAUUCUUACAGAAGAGCUGGUGCUCAGCAGAGCAGUGACUGUGCUCAUGUGUGCCUCUUACAGGAACCAGAUGGUAAAUGUAUAUGUACGACCUGCCUUGGUGGUGUUGGCUAGUAACAUGGCACUGAGUUGUAAAAGAGAGGAUGUCUAUAAAACAUUUUGCUUUAUGAGAAAUCUUUUUUCCAAAGAGUUCAUCUUCUUUCCUGGUUUUGAAGAGAAGGAUUUUGAAGAAGGUUGCUUUCUGCUGUCCAAGUGUGAUGUAAUUCAUGUAACUCCACAUGAAGUGGUCAUGACUGAGAAAGGGACAGAUACGGCUGUGUUUUUAUUCAGAAUGUUUCAGCCCUUCUUAGAAGGUUACCAGAUAGCCUGCAUGUACCUUUCACAGGAAGUGACUGAGAGCAUAACAGAAAAGCAGUACAUAUCCGGUGUAAGGAGUUUUAUCACACAGCGCAUCAUAGCCAGAGUCACAAGCUGUUAUGAAGCCUUAUCUUCUGAUAUGCAAAAGAACACAUUGUCAUCAUUUGUACAACUGGGAGUUGUGAAAGUUGGUAAAUUGGUUAAUGGGACCAUCUUCACAGUAGAUAAGAAAGCCUUGGUGAAAAUGGCCGGAGAACUUGGGCUACAGGUGCCUGUACAAAAGCUACCAAUUGCACGACUUUAAGAUAUCUGAAAAUCUUCAGAGGCAAUGUGCCAAUGCCAGCUAGCUGCAGGCUGGUGCUCGAUACACUUGCAGUAUCCACAACAAAGUGAUCUGGAUACAAGAUGCAAGCAAUUUAUUUGGAAAUUUUACCACCAAUUUAACAUAUGGUAUUAUUAAGAUGAGACAUUUUAUUCUCUACUAAAGAGGAGCUACCUUGAUCCCAUCUAUAAAAGGUCAAUUUUCAUGACUGAUUACUAUGCCAGUGAAACAAGCUACAAGAACAAGUCCCUGUGUUUCCCAGUGCUGAUAUAUAUGGAUUUCUUUGUGAAUUUUUGUCAGCCUGUUUUCAAACUGAGGUGCUACAGAACCGAUUGCACUAACAAAAAGUCACACUUUACUAGAAGAGAUUUUAAUCACACUGUAUGAAUUGUCUGCUUAUCACACUAGAUAAGUGAACACGGACCACAGAGUUAUAUCCGAAUAACAUCCACUUCAUAUUUUUAAGCAGCAAAAAAAAAAAACAACAACAAAAAAACUGCUACAUCUACCCCACAUUUUCAGCUCAGGUCCUCCUUGAUAUCAGUUACCAUUGGGGUGGAUUUUUUUCAAAAUCUUGGGAUCUGAAAGUGUCAUUUUUAUGUCUUUUGCACUACUAUUAUAAUUUGUAUGUUCUAUUCUGAGAAAUGAGAAAUAACAACCAAACAUAGGGGCAGAUGUAUUAACCUGGAGAAGGCAUA